GCCGGCGUUCACGAGAUGGGCCGACCUUUCCUGAUUGGCCACCAUUUCCACGGCUUCUCCCCUAAACCUCCGUCGGCGUCGCCAUUUCCACUCUCCCAGUCCGCCCCGAUGGUUGGAGCCGGCAAGCCGCUGGGCGACAGCGUGUUCGCUGGCCACGCGGCCGCCGGCGUCGCUGCGAUCAGCGCUUCCGCGGUCGCCGUCCAUCCCCUUGACACCGUCAAGAGCCUCCUCCAGUUGAGCGCGACGGGGUCGAAGCAGAAGAUGGGGCUCCGCCAGGUGGUGGACCGGGUCAUGUCCGUCUCUGGCCCUGCAGGUCUUUACAGUGGCCUUGGAUGGUCAGUAUUAGGUAAACUGCCAGGUUUGGGAGCACGUUUUGGAGCCUAUGAGCUUUUAACAGCCUUCUAUAAAGAUGGAAGGGAGGACAACCGUGUUUAUUACUCCGAGGCUAUGUUGGCUGGCAUAACUGCUGGUGCUGUAGAGGCGUUUCUCUGCACACCAUUUGAACUUUUCAAACUUCGGUCGCAAGUUGGUUCUGCGAUACCUUUGAAAGCUGCAAACCCUGCUAAUGUUAUACAAGAGUCAUUUCCAUUGCUUUCGAAACUGUUGCCUGGUUAUGUGCCUGAUAUCAGAGUGUGGAACAGCAGUGUCAGCCUUUUGUCCAAUCUUUCCCCAAAACAUCCUGACAUGAUGGGUGCGCUGAAACAACACCCAUGGAUGCUGACUGGCUCUGGGAAGCCCCCAUUACCCUCUGAUGUCCAGGUGCCUUCUAGAGUGAUAGCACUUGAAGGUUGGGGUGCUCUGUGGAGAGGACUUAGACCAGGGAUAGCCCGAGACUGUGUCUUUAGUGGAAUGUUCUUUUCAUCUUGGCAAUUCAUACACACGGCGAUACUUACUUGGAAGUCUGUUAGUAUGAAACCUGAACCGAGGAAUUUAGAAGAAGCAGGCCCUGUAUCCCCUAUAGCUUCUAGUCUUGCUGCAGGCUUCUCUGGAGUUCUAGCAGCUGCUGCUUCACAUACGUUUGAUACUGCCAAAAGUCGUUCGCAGUGCACUGUGAUACCUAAGUAUAUAGCAUUGGAGAGGAGGUUUCUUAAAUGGAGAGCACCGGGAAUGUGGAUAGAGCAAAUGACAGGAAUAUCGCCUGCUGAUAGGAAUGUCCUGUUCCGUGGCAUUGGGCUACGGAUGGCCCGCAGUGGAAUUGCAUCUUUUACACUUGUUGGGUCCUACUAUUUGGCCAUCGAUUACAUCUUGUAGAUGGCAUGCGGAGACACCAUUUGAUGAAAUUCAAACAUCAUGAUUACGUAUACAUCUGCUGAACAACUGGAGAAGAGAAUUGAAGGUACUUUUGGUUUUGAGGCUCCUGUUGAAGAAGCAACGAGUGCUUUUAUAUGGAAAUGAAAAUUGCUGGGGAGAACGAUGAGAGGCAACUACUGAAGUGUCCAAGAUUAAAUUCAGCAUCAGUCAAUAUUUAUGAAAUGAUAAUUUACAGCUCAGCCCGUUGUUUGAGUUUACUCUUUUUAACAUGUACUUUAUUUUUGUGGUACAUUUGGAAAUGGAAAGAAUGGAAGAUCGACUGAUGCUUCGCCAAUCCACUGUACAUAUGAUUGAUUACCUAAUUUUGAAAUAUUUGUGUUGCCAAGUUA